CUAAAGGACAUGUCGGCCAAGCGACGCGCCUCCGCAGGACCCCAACACCAUCAACCCCACCACCAAAGCCACCAGUUGUCCGCGGAGCAGCAGAGAGCUCGCAGCCAGAGCCUGGCGAGUUCGUCGUCCUUCCUGGAUGGCUGGCGCGACCGGAUGCCGUUCCUGAAACGCCGCCAAACCAUCGACCACUCCCGCCAGAGCCAGCCACUCAUGGAGGAGGGCGGGGAGAACGCUGGUCAGGCCAAAUCCGCGCCAGGUGCCGUCGACAGGCCGACAUUGAUGACGACCAUUGCGGAAGAUGUUGCCGAGACAGGAACGGCAGCAGCAUCGCACGCAGCUGCAACAUCCGACGCAGCAGCAGCAGGAGGUGCAACUGGAGCGGAGGAGGGCCAUCCCAACGGCAUGGGCACUGUCAUCGUUCGCAUGGAGAGAGCUGGACAACAGCACAUGGCCGAUGAGGCGCUUUAGGUUAAACCCUUCGAGUCACACAACAUCUCAUAGUUUAAGCCACAGUUAUACCAAAACCGAAACAGGUCGAGAACCCAAAAACCAAACCCCACCAAAAGCUACAGCCCAUUGAAUCCAGUUAGCAUCGCCAGGCAUGUUCCUGAAAUAUCUAGAGUUUCUAAAAUAAAUAAACGGGUGUCUAAAAGUGGGCAAUGUCAUUAAGCAUUAAUUUUUAGAUUCGCCAUUGUCGUUAAAUAUUCAGAGGCACUGCCCUUAAGCAAUCCCAGCUAAAACCUUAAAAGUAACAUUUUCAUUAGCCAAGUUAGCAUUUUUCUUAAAUUUUUUACACUAUUUUGAGACACCCGAAAUAUUGCUACGAAACUUUCGGAAAACUUCAAAGCACCCAGAAUAAGUUCCUUAGCCAGCUAGGCUGAUGUAUAUUUUGCAACAAUUUGCGCCAUGCUAAAUGUUAAGUUUUAAUAGUAUAUACAGAGCAGUUUUCCUUGGUUUCCUCAGAAUGCGAAAUGCGAAAUAAAUUUCAGCCUUUUGCCGGCAACGGACCCACUUGAAUGAGAACAUAUUUAUUGUACCUAUGAAUGUAAGAAUUUAUGUGGAUAUUAAAUAUCAUUGUUGUCUUAAGUGUUAAGUGUAUCCUAGGACUAGUGCCCCCAACUCCCUCCUCCCAAAAAAUAUAUAUAUAUCUCUCUCUCUCUGUGGUAAGCUGAGCUUUCUGGCAAUCGCUUUUAGUGUGGGUAUGAAUGUACGCAAAUGUAAUAAAAUUUUAAUUAUAUCUACGUAUGCUAUACA